AUGUCAGAAGUAGACAAUAGCAAUAGUAAUAAAAACAUAAACACAUCGGUAUCAUUUAUUGAUAAAGUUAAAAAGAUAUUCUCGAUUGAUAACCUAAAGAAAUGGCAAGCUGCAAGUGGAGUUGUCAUUUCAACAUUCUCACAACUUCAUAUUGUAAUGGUGCUAGGUAGCCAUCUAGGUGAAUUGUGUUUCACUGGUCUGCGUGACCUAUUCAGACAGUUCUAUCAAAACAAGUUUAUAGAACCAAUCAUAAUUGGUGCCAUCGGUACUCAUAUCGUUGUGAAUGGAAUUCUCUUUUACAAACGUGAUCCAUCGGUUCCAGUGAUUGAGAUGAUGGAUGUAGAUCCAAGUGGAGAGAAGAAGAGCUGGCUCUCCAAGUUUGUCAACCGUGUUCCAACACCCUACGGAUUGUUCCAAGCAUCGGGAUUGAUUCUCUCUGUCUUCAUUGGUGGUCACGUCUUUGCCACCAGAGGAUACGUAUUGCUCGACAAGCAAUUUAGCUCUGGUUUCAAAUCUGUGCAUUACACCUUGAUUAAUUUCCCAUAUUAUUUCUACCCAUAUUACGGUUCAUUCUUCCACGCUCUAAUGUAUCAUACUGCAUUCUCCUACAACCGUAUCUACAAUCGUUACAUCAAGAGAAGUCACGACUACAAGGUAAAUGAAGUAAAGAGCAAAUCCUACUGGUAUGGUGUAUAUGGAGUCACAGGUAUAGUUGCUCUCUCUGCCAUCUUGGCAUUGGGUGGAAACUAUUUCCCAGUCUCCAAAAUCGGUAUUCCACCACCUCUAACCAUCUCACAAUAUCUAUCGAAAUUUGGUGAAUACAACAGAAAUUAA